UCUCUUUCUCUAUCAGCAACAGAAACAGCAACUACGAAACGAUCAAAUCAAGAAACUAAAACAAGGAUUCUACAAUGUCUCUCAUUCCAAGCUUCUUUGGCGGUAGACAAAACAACGUUUUUGAUCCAUUCUCAAUGGAUAUAUGGGAUCCACUCCAAGGUUUUCCAUCAUCUGCUCGUGAAACAACUGCACUAGCAAACACACGUGUGGACUGGAAAGAAACACAAGAAGCUCACGUGUUCAGUGUAGAUCUUCCUGGUUUGAAGAAAGAAGAAGUGAAAGUUGAAAUAGAAGAUGGAAAUGUGUUGCAGAUAAGUGGUGAGAGAAACAAAGAGCAGGAAGAGAAGGAUGAUAAGUGGCAUCGUGUUGAGAGAAGUUCUGGGAAGUUUAUGAGGAGGUUUAGGUUGCCUGAGAAUGUUAAAAUGGAUCAGGUUAAAGCUGGUAUGGAGAAUGGGGUUCUUACUGUUACUGUUCCUAAGGAAGAAGAGAAGAAGAGUGAGGUUAAGUCUAUUGAAAUUUCUGGGUAACCUUCAAACCAUGUUGUGAUGUUCCUUUUGUUAAACAAUGUUUAUUUUGUUUAUGUUUUUUUUUUUCCAGCGUUGUAAGGUCUUGGUAAAUGGUAAUAAUAAUGUAUAUGCAGGGUGUUGUAAAAAA